AUGGAAUUCUUCCAUAGAUGCUUGGAGGGAAGGCCAGAGAAAUUUAUAAAAGACAGAAUGGAAAAGUACAAAUCUCAUGUGUUGAAGACUUCAUUGUUGGGUGAGAACGUGGCCAUCUUGUGUAGCCCAGCAGGGAAUAAAUUCUUGUUCUGUAAUUCAAAUAAGUUGGUCACAACUUGGUGGCCCAACUCAGUGAAAAAGCUACUCGGGCCAUGCAUAACCACUAUUGGUGGGAAUGAAGGAAUGCAAAUGAGGAAGAUGGUACUGUAUUUUUUCAGUCCUGAUGCAUUCAUAAAGCUUUAUAGUAAAACUAUAAAUUUAGUAACUCAGCAGCAUAUCAAUACUCACUGGCAAGGUAAAGAGGUGGUGAAUGUUCAUCAGACAAUCAGAUUAUUCACAUUUGAAGUUGUGUGUCGUGUACUUACGAGCAUUGAAGACGAAAAACGGAUUGAAAAGCUAGGUACCCUAUUGAAUAUAUUUGUAAGGGGAGUAAUCUCAGUGCCCAUCAACUUGCCUGGAACAAGAUUUUAUAAUGCUAAAAGAGCAAUAAUUUCUCUUAAGAAGGAUUUAUUAGCGUUGGUUCGAGAGAGAAGAUUGGCCUUGGAACAGAAAACUGCUUCACCUUCACAAGAUCUUUUGUCACAUUUGAUUGCCUGUCCAGAUGAAAACGGGCUGUUCAUGUCAGAAUCGAUAAUCGUAAAUAAUAUAGUACUGCUACUUUUUGCUGGUUAUGACACUUCUAGCGUUGCAAUAACUCUGGUGAUUAAGUAUCUUGGAGAACUUCCAAAAAUUUAUGAAAAUGUACUAAGAGAGCAACUAGAAAUUGCUUCGUCAAAAGAAGGUGAAUUUCUGCACUGGGAGGAUAUACAGAAGAUGAAGUACUCAUGGAAUGUAGUGUCAGAAACUAUAAGACUAUACCCAUCAGUACCAGGUGCUUACAGAGAAGCAUUAGUGGAUUUAAAGUUUGAAGGUUAUGACAUUCCCAAAGGAUGGAAGUUAUUCUGGAGUGCCCCUUUGACACAAAUGGAUCCUAAUUUCUUUCCAGACAGCACAAAAUUUGAUCCGUCACGAUUCGAGGGGGCUGGGCCUGUUCCACAUUCUUACGUUCCAUUUGGAGGGGGGCCUCGGAUGUGCUUGGGAAAAGAAUUUGCUCGACUUGAAAUACUUAUAUAUCUACACAACAUUGUUACGAGAUUUAGGUGGAAUUUGUUGAUUCCUGAUGAGGAAAUAGUAUAUGACAUAAGUCCUACCCCAAAGAAAGGACUUCCAAUUCGUCUUCACCCUCAUAAUGCUUAA